AUGAAUCUCAAAGAGGAGUAUCAACAAGCUAGGCAAUGGGUAAAUGAUAAUAUUACAAAGCAUCAUUAUUAUGAUGAAGUGAUAUCAGUGUUUGAGACAAACAUUAGAGUUAUUGGAGGAUUCUUAACAUCAUAUGAACUCACUCACGAUCAGUUGUACCUUGAUGAGGCUGAACUUUUGGCAAAUAGACUACUGGAGUCAUGGACAUUGGAUAUAUUCCCCAACUCAAGAUUGAACUUGAAUAAUUCAUUGACUUUGGAAGCAACAUGUUUCAUAUUAUCAGAGAUUGGUACAAUGUUCUUGGAGUUUACUCAUUUGUCAAUACUGACUGGCAUUUCUACAUAUGCACAGAAGGUGGAGUUGAUUAGAGAAUCGUUACAAACACGAUUGACACCAUAUCCAGGUCUACUACCUACAAUGUUAUCACCUACAUACUACUGCUGUAACAUAUUCUCAAUUGGUGCCAAUGGUGAUUCAUACUAUGAAUACCUUUUGAAGAUGUGGAUAUACACUGGCAAAAAGAAUGACAACUAUCGCAAGAUGUAUCUAGAUGCCACCAACUCAAUCCUCAACAAUAUGUACAAAGUAUCAAGUCUUGGUGAAGCUUAUAUAACAAACAUUGAGAAUGGUAACCUAACUCAUAAGAUGGAACAUCUGAUGUGCUUUGUUGGAGGAAUGUUUGCACUUGGCGCUCAGGUUAACAUUACGAUGGAUCAGAGAAUGAAUGAUUUACAUUGGAAGGCUGCCGUGGAGUUGACAAAGACAUGUGCCAAUUCAUAUAUCAAGACAAAGUCUGGAUUGGGUCCAGAGACAUUUGAGUUCACAAAGGAUGGUAGACAAUUGCCAACUGCACCAAACUUUAUACAACGUCCAGAGACUGUAGAGUCAAUAUUCAUACUCUAUCGAUUUACUGGUGAUCCAAUGUAUCAAGAUUGGGGAUGGCAGAUAUUCAAAGCAAUCGAGCAGCAUUGUCGAGUGGAGACAGGAUACGUUGGUCUCAAAGACACCAACAAUCCAUCAAAGAAGGAUGACCUACAACAGAGCUUCUUUAUGGCCGAGACCCUAAAGUAUCUGUAUUUGUUGUUUGAGGACUCAGAAAUGAUACCUUUGGAUAAAUAUGUAUUCAACACAGAGGCACAUCCAUUACCAAUACUGAAUGAUCAACAAGUGAAGGAGUACUUUGAGAUGAUAUCAAAGAACCAGACCAAGAUAAUAGCAAAGUCCUAG